AUGCAAAAGACUAUCCCAACGACAGAGUAUGCCAACGAGGUCCGUAGUGAACCGAUAGAGCACAGGUUCAAUCCGUACUCCGACAAUGGAGGUACAAUUCUUGGUAUUGCUGGUGAGGAUUUUGCGGUUUUAGCAGGAGAUACCAGACAAACCACAGGAUAUAGCAUCAAUUCUAGAUACGAGCCAAAGGUCUUUGAUGUUGGCGACAACCUGUUGCUUAGUGCCAAUGGGUUUGCAGGUGACGCCACGCAAUUGGUUAAGGUAUUUGAGAAUAGACUGAAGUGGUAUCAUUUUGACCAUAAUAAGCCAUUGACGAGCAGCAGUGCGGCCAGAUUAAUACAGCACAUGCUCUAUGGGAAGAGGUUCUUCCCCUACUAUGUGCAUACGAUUUUGGCGGGACUGGAUGACGAAGGUAAAGGUGCCAUCUACUCGUUUGAUCCUGUUGGGUCAUAUGAGAGGGAGCAGUGUAGAGCUGGUGGUGCUGCAGCUUCGUUGAUCAUGCCCUUCUUGGACAACCAAGUGAAUUUCAAGAACCAAAUGGAUCCGACUAGUAACGGUACCAAGAGAAGAGAAAUCAGGUACUUGUCAUUGGACGAGGUGAUUCAGUUGGUGAGAGAUGCCUUUUCCUCUGCAACUGAGAGACACAUAGAGGUUGGAGAUGGUUUAGAGAUUAUGAUUGUCACCAAGGAGGGUGUGCGUACUGAAUAUUUCCCACUAAAGAAGGAUUGA